CUUGCCCUCCUCUUUCUGCAUAGAACUAAUUAGGAAAGUAAGGUUGAAGAAUUAACCAGCCUUGGACGGAGAAGGAGACACUGCACUGCCACAUAGUUUAAGACCUCAGUUCCAGACUGAACUCUCAACAUUAGGGGUGGAAUUCCUAGCUUUCUACUCUCCAGAGAACAUGCCGGUUCUUAACUGUUCUACCAAAUUACUGAUCCUGGAAAAAAUGCUGAAGAGUCACUUUCCUGAAUCACUUAAGGUUUAUGGAGCAGUGAUGAACAUAAAUCGUGGGAAUCCCUUUCAAAAGGAAGUGGUAUUGGAUUCGUGGCCUGACUUCAAAGCCAUCAUCACACGGCGGCAGAAAGAGGCUGAGACAGACAACCUGGACCAUUAUACUAAUGCCUAUGCUGUGUUCUACAAAGAUGUCAAUGCUUACCGACAGCUGUUGGAAGAACACGGAGUUAUCAACUGGGACCAAGUUUUUCAAAUACAGGGGCUGCAGAGUGAAUUAUGUGAUGUUUCCAAGGCUGUUGCCGACUCAAAGCAGGUGGAUGUAAAGCUAGCUUCCUUCAAGGCUGUUUGCUUACCUACGGUUUCAACUGCAGACACGAGUUUCUUGAUGAGUUCUUCCCUACGACUAACCUACCUGAGUGUUGCUGAUGUUGACUUACUCAACCAGACUUGGUCUCGGGGCGGCAAUGAACAGUGUCGCCGAUACAUCGCCAACCUCAUCUCCUGCUUCCCCAGUGUGUGUGUCCGUGAUGACAAGGGGAACCCCAUGUCUUGGUCUAUGAUGGACCAGUUUGCCACCAUGUGCCAUGGCUACACCAUGCCUGAGCAUCGCAGGAAAGGUUAUAAUCAGCUAGUGAUCCUCACGUUGGCCAGAAAGUUGCAAAGCCGGGGAUUCCCCUGUCAAGGCAACAUCGUGGAUGACAACACGACAUCCAUUAACCUCGCGAAGAGCAUCCACGGUGACUUCUUGCCUUGUCGGUUCCAUAGGCUGAUUCUCACUCCUCCAGCUUUCGCUGGGCAAGUUCACCCUUAGCCCAUUGGAACUCCAGGCGUUCUCUUCCUUUUUCUGAAUAUACACAUACUCCUUAGCUGCCAAUGAGGGAAAAAUUAAAACUAGGAUCAGGGGGACUUUAAAUUGUUGAAAAAGACCAGAAGACAAACAGGCUUAGGCUGGGAAGCCCUAACUCUCCCUGUCUCAAAUUUCUACAGUAGUGACGAUAGGGGUCAGAAACAGCUGUGACUAGAAACAGGAUAACUAUCUUCCUUUAGGAUCCACUGCAGGAAGAAGGCUCUAAAGCCAGCAGUCUUAGCACAGGAGCAGAAAUGACUGCAUGAGAACAAAUGACGAUCAUGGGCGAACCUGGAUACUGCAUUAUCAUUGCCCUUGGGCUCAUGCCCGCUUUUCUACAACCACACCGGCAUCCUACAACCGUAAAUAACACUCUCCUGUGCCUGCCACUGCUCUGUCUCCCCGAAUCUCUUCCUACCACCUGUGACUCAGGUUCUCUGUAGACCAUCCUGCCUUCCCCCCUCCCCCCUUUAAUUUCUGUCUUUCCUCUAGCCUAUAGUUUUUCCCUGGGAAUGUUUGAAUGAAUGGUUCUCACAUUUUAGUGCAUUUCAGAAUCACCUGGAGGGCAGGUUGCAACAAAGAUAGCUGAGUCUCUCCCCACAGCCCCUGAUUCAGUUUGAGGAUGGGUCUGAGGUCAGGCCUGAAAAUUUGUACUUCUAACAAGUUUCCAUUUCUCAGUUGCCUUGGAUGGAGGAAUGAACACAUGAGCAUUUUAAAAGCUAGAAGCAGAUGCUCUCAGCGUAAGACUGGACACUGCCUAUCACCUAUUCCAGCCCCCUUGUUCAUAAUCAGCUUUCUCAUGGAAAACUAAGAGGUCUAUUUAUGUAGGUGUGCAUUUGGUAUGCAAAUAUAAACAUACAUAUACAUAUAUUGUCACUUCUUUCUUACUUCUGUAUGCAUCCGUACAUACUCAGAGAAUUGUGGUAAGAUAGUAAACUUUAGUUUAUUCUCCUU